AGCUAUAAACUGCGUCUAUAUUGACCCCCCGAUGUUACAUUAUAUUUAAUUAUAAUACAUACGUAAUCUUUUAAUAUAAUCUUUAAUAUAUUGUGAACAGUCCAGCAAUUGCUGCGAAAGUUAUUGGUUAGGUUAUGUUAAGUUAAUAACUUAACAGAAUUAGGUUUGUUGUCAUUGCACGUGUCGUAUACAUAUAUAAUUAUCUUUUCAAUAUUCAAGAGUAUUUCGUUAUUUGUUAGUUUUCGUCAAGUAUUUAUCAAUAACUGUGAUAAGCAUGAGGAUACCUUCUUUCAAGUACAGAAAUGCGAUCCUGGGUGUGACUGCAACUGCAGUUGGAUACUAUGCGAUUAUCACACCGCAUACUGUAUUGUUAAACAAAUACAGAUACAUAAUGGCUAGAUAUCAAAUGGGUAAAGAGAUGCCACUGAGUCCCAAGAUUCAGCAGACGAUUCAGCGGGUGAUGGAUGACCUGAAACUACCAGACAACGUUAGGAACGUAAUCAAGCCUUUCAGCGUGUUUGGCUUCGACAUGUUCCAGGCAGGCACACUCGCCGCCAAGCAUGGGGCGGUGCUGGGGAUCCCUGUGAAUUUCAUCGUCACGGCUGAAGUCUUGCGGCAAGAGUUGCAAAUCAAGGAUGAACCGUUGGACUGGACGCGACAGGACGCGAAGAUUUUCUUCAGUUCGUUGAUGUUCUCGGAAAACGCGAAGAAAUUCGCCAUAGCCAGAGAGAUCCUCCGAAUUCAGGCGGAGGAACCGCGCUUCAAUUCCUUCAGACUAGCCGUCAUUAUAACGGUGUUGUGGGCUUUCUACAACGCGAUAACGCUUCGAUUUCAAUUGCGCGGUCGCAAUGUGAUAUUAUGUCGCUCGCUGUACGUGAGCUUCGCGCUGCUCGGCGCGAUCUCGUGGAUCGGCAUCAAGGAUUAUCGUAGUUAUCGUUUGGACAGUGUGCACGACAGAGCUCUGUGCGAUUUGGGCGUCGAAUACGUGAGAGGUGGACAAGAGUUCUAUGAGAAAAUGGUGAUGAGAAACAGAGCUCUGAGAUCUUUGCUGGGAAAAGACGGUGAGAAGCAGUAUACCGCGAACGGAAACGAGAGAAUUUUCCUGCGGCAGAAACACGUGCCGAUUGUUCACAGGAAGGAUUUUUUUGAUUCGCAGUUGGAUUGAAAUUUUAGAUUGUAAAAUAUGACGAUAAUAGAAAGACGCUUAUGACAAAAUGCAUACCGAGAUUUCUUUCUCUCGCAUUUCAUCAUACAAUAAUCAAAGUGCGUAAUCGAUGCUGCUAAUUGUAAAUAUAAUAAUCGUCAAGAUUAUCAUAUAUGAGAUUUUUAUGUAUAUUCUUCACUUUGUCGAUGAUAUCAAUUGUGUUGCGCUGAUAAGUGCGUCGUCAUUAACAACAAAUUCUGCCAACCAGUUAAAGUUUCGUAUUCACAUUGAUUACGCGUUAUUAAUUAAUUACAGUAUAUAUUUAUACAUGCACACAUCGCCUCUUGUACAAUAAGUAUUAUACGUGUACGAAAUAUUGCUACGGUCUUAUAUGUAAAAAGUACUAUCAUAAAAGUGUAAUAACAUCAGA